AUGCACAAUUCAAAAAGUGACUAUGGAUUUCGAAGAACUUGUAUCAGACCGGUAAGACAUUCUUCUCUUCUGAAAUUUUUCAAAUCUCUGAAAUUUUGCAGGCUGAAAAUCUGGGAACAAUUUCGGAAGAAUGUCGAGGAUUGAUUGAAAAUAAUAUGGAGACGCCCAAAAAAUCGGCAACUUUUCACGAGUUUUUGAACUUUGGUGAGUUUUACACCUGAAAAUUGCGAAAUUUUCCGAGAAAAAAAAUAUAUAAAAUUACCGUAGUCUAAUGGGAUUUGGAUUUUGAUUUCGAAAUCCGAGAAAAAAUUAUGAAAGAAAUAAUACCUGGUUUCACGGUUCCACCCACUGAAAAUUUAAUUUUAUUUUUGUUGUGCCCUAAAAUUUUCAGUUUCAAAAUUUUAUGAUAAUUUUAAACUUUCAAUACAAAAUCAGUGGUAUGUCGAAAAAAUGUUGGAUUUUUGGCAUAAAAAGGUUUAAGGAUUUUUGAACCCUAAUUUAUCCAGGAAAAAAAAGAGAAAUUCUGAAAUUUUCUAAAAAAAAUUUUUUUCAAAAAUUCACUGUUUCAAAAAUCUUCAAAGUUUUUUUUAUAAAAUGUUUGCUCUCUAAUUUCACUGGAUAUUCUAUAAAUUUCAGUUAACAAACUUUCCAGUGGAAUUUUUUGGCAACAAAUUUCGAAUUUGGAAAAUACUUUGCAAGAAAAAAAUCUGAAAUUUUCUAGAAAAAUUAUUUUUCAAAAAUUUUUGAUAGUUUUUCAUAGAGAUAUUUGUGUGAUCGCAUUGGAGAAUUAUGCAUCAAAAAGUUGAGUUUGAAAAAUUUCACGUGUAUUUUCAGCUUCAAGAAAAUUUUAUUUUUCAAAAAUUCACUGUUUCAAAAAAAACAAUUAUGAAACCUUCAGGCGAAAAUUUAGGAUUAGAAAAAUCUAAAAUUUUCUAUCAAAAAAUUACUGUUUCAAAAAAUUUUGAUUUUGAGUGAUUUUUUUUUUGAAAACGUUCACUCGUUGAAAUGCGUUGAAUAAUAUUUUACUUGAAUUCAGAGAGCCAAAAAUCUGCAAUUUUGGCACCCAAAAACCCAUUACCCUCCCCAUUGUUUUUGUUUUUGUUUACAAGUGAUUUUGUUGUUGUUGUUCUGGAAUUGGCCCUUCUUUUCUCAUUUUUUUCUUGUGCUCAUUUUUGUUGUUUACUCGUCGGCUGGACAUUUUUUUCUUUUCAUUUUUUUGGAACACAUAUAACGAGAGGAUUAGAGAAAGAAAAAUUUUUUGAACGAAAAAAACAAGUUUUUUUGUGUGUGGCGUCUAGGCACUGAGAGCUCCAAAAGAGCUUCGUUGGAGAAAAAAAAACACAUGACUCUGAAUGACCACAACUAUUUUUUUUCUUGAAAAAUGUGUGAGAAGAGUUUUUUUUUGGAAUUUUAAAAAUUUGUAGAUCAAAAAUCUUUUUUUAAAGAAAAUUCUAUUCAGAAAUCACAAAUUCUGGCAGAAAAUUUUCCUUUUUUUCCGAAAUAUAGAAUCUAGGCUACCAAAGUUCUAUAGGUACUGUAAUACUGUUUCUUUUCGAUACCCAAAUAAGGAAUUGCGGUGUUCUACAGUAACCCGGAAAAAUAUUUGUUCAAAAAUGUCAUUUUUCCCAUGAUUUCAAUAUUUUGGUUAUUUUUCUCCGAAAAAUUCCCACAAAAAAUUGUUCGACGCAAAAAAAAUGAAAAAUUUGCCAUGUUUUUUUUUCUGGAGAGCACAAAUCGUUCCCCCGAGGGUCCGAAAAAUUUUUUGAAAAUUUUUCAGAUUUCCCCGAGCCAUCUUCAUCUUCAUCGACGACAUUGAACACUGUCUCGACAAAGGUUUUUUUAAAUACAUUUCAAAUAAAAUUUUGAUUUUUUUUCCAGGAAAAAAUCAAACGACUUCAUUCACAGCCAACAACAUCCACAUCAUCUUCUUCGAGAAAACGAUCAAUUUUUUAUGAGGUUAGUUUUUUUGGGGUGCUGAAAAUUUCGAGCAAAACUCGGAAAUUUUAUGUUUCAAAAUUAUUUGAAGAAACCAUGGCUAAAUUUAAAUUUUUCAAUUUUCAAAAUCAGUCUUUUUUGAGCUAUGAAAAAUUCACUGUUUCAAAAAUCUUGUAUCAAAUUUUUCUCGGGAUAUUGUCGAAUUUGAAAAAUGUGGCAGCCGUAAAAAAUGAAAACCAGUGCAGAGCUGAAUGAAUGACAAACUCGUUACUUCGUCAGUCGCGUGCGGCUGUGCGUCGCGGCCGAAAAACAAAGGAAAAAAUGAAUAAUUGAUUGAUUUUCGACCGCGACGCACAGCCGCACGCGACUGACGAAGUAAUGACUUUGUCAUUCAUUCAACUCUGCACUGUUUUUCAUUUUUUACGGCUGCCACAUUUUUCAAAUUCGACAAUAAUAAAUUGCUAAUUCCAAUUUCCUUUUACUCAAAAAAUUUGAGGAAAAUUGCAAAAUUUUGAAGUCAAAUCUAAGUACUUCGAGAGAGCCAAAAAUGCACUGUUUCAAAAGGUUUAUAUGUUUUUUCCUGAAAAUUCGGAUUGAUUUGUUAGAAUCGACUAUACUUUAGUUAACUAGUGAAAAAUGCCCCAGAUUUUUCUAAUAAAAAUUCGAAUUUGUUUCACGAAAAAUCACUGUUUCAAAAAAUGUGUAUUAGAAAAUUCUGGAAUCUUCAAAUGGUUUACAAAAAUUUCGAUAAAUAAAAUUAACAUCAAUAAUUUUCAAAUUGCCACGUGAAUUUUCGCACGUUGAUAAUCGCAAUUUAGCUCACCUAAAAUUCACUGUUUCAAAAAUUGUGUGUAUUUUUUUUCUAAAAAUUCGAAUUUUUUUGAAGCAUCCUGCUCUCAAAAAAAUUAUCCAGAUUUUUCUCAAAGAAAAUUUCGAAUUCGAUUUACGAAAAUUCACUGUUUCAAAAAAUGUGUAUUAGAAAAUUCUGGAAGCUUCAAAUGGUAUGUGAAUUUUCGCACGGUUGAAAUCGCAAUUUCACAUUUUCUGUUCUCCUAAAAUUCACUGUUUCAAAAAAUGUGUAUAUUUUUUCUCUAAAAAUUCGAUUUGCUCGGAAGCACCGUGUUCACAAAAAAAUUAUCCAGAUUUUCUCAGAAAAAUCUCCGUUUUGAUUCACAGAAAUUCACUGUUUCAAAAUAUGCUUAUCAAAAAAUUUUGGGAGCUUAAAAUAUUCCACUAAGCUUCAAAUCGCCACGUGAAUUUUCGCACGAUUGAAAUCGUAAUUUCACGUUUUCUGCUCACCUAAAAUUCACUGUUUCAAAAAUUGUGUAUAAUUUUUUUCUAAAAAUUCGAAUUGCUCCUGAAGCAUCCUGCUCACAAAAAGUUGAACCAGAUUUUCUCAAAAAAAUUCCGAAUUUGAUUCACAAAAUUUCACUGUUUCAAAAACUUUGUAUUAGAGAAUUUCACAAAUUCGAAUGUUCUGUUUUGGAAAAUUUUAAUUUUAAUAUAAAUAUUUUUCAAUAAAAACUUAAGUUCAAUAAUUUUCGUGAGCUUCAGAAUUUCACUGUUUCAAAAAGUGUAAAUCAAAAAAAUGUUGAAAACUCGAAAUGUUCCACAAAUCGCCAUGUAAUUUUUUUUUUCCAAAAUUCAGAAUCCUCAAUUUCUCCUGCUAACCCCAUAAAACCACCGAAAUUUAUGGGAUUUCCAGGUUUUUUUUCUGUCUCUCAAUAGAAACCCAUAAAAAUUUAGGGUUUUCCACCAUUUUCGAGGAGGUAUAAUAAUAAUAAUAAUUUUUAUUUAUUUUCAAUCGCUCUCUCUAAAAAAGCAGUGUGAAAUAAAAUAGAGAAAUGUGUUGGAAAAUAGACAUAUAUAACAUAAGUUGUUCUUCUUCAUCCGUGCUUUUUCCCCUACUUUUUGCUCGCGUUUUUCUUCGAUUUUGUCCCAUUUCCGUUUUUGUUCUUCUCCACUUUUUCCUUCUUCUUCUUCGUUUUUAUUUAUUAUAUAUUUAUAAUAUUUUUUUUUCUGAAAAAAAGUUUUUUUUUUCGAAAAAAAAUUCAUACAUUUUUUAUUUUUCUUCUGAUAUAUCUGAAUUUUAUCAGAAUUUUUGACCCAAUUUUUGGUUUCGGGCGAGCUUUUUUGAAUAAUCUAGAAGUUAGGCUAAGUUUGCGCUGAUUAUUUUUGAAUACGAUUUUGAAGAACUUCAGAAUGAUCAGCCUGAAAUUCUGUACAAGUUAGGCGAAUUCAGAAGUCCAGAUUGUAUUUAAGAAGUGAGCUAUAACGUGUCAAAAUCGAAAGUUUUCCUUGUUUUUUUUCUUUGUCAAAAGUAAAAUGGGAUAUUUUUCCGGUCGUUGUUUUUGCUGUAACCCAAGACCUUUCUUUUUUCGCUCGCUGUUGUGCUGGUCAAAAACAACAAUAAUUGUUUUUGUUGUUCGGGGUGGUCCGGCCGAGAAAGAAUUUUAUUAUUGUUAUUAUUUUUCGCUCCGCGCAAGGAGAGCUUCUAACUUUUAUUUUCCUUUUUAUUGCUCAGAAAUGCUAGUCCAAGUUGCCACGUCAUAACUUAAUUUGAUUUAAAUCUUCUCUCAAAAAUUAUGCAAAAAGAAUCUAAUCCCCUCUAUUCAAUUCACUGAAAAAAUGUUAUUCAUAAGCGCGCGCUGAAAAAAUUAAUUUCCUCGUUUUUUGGACUUUUAGUGCAUGGUUCAAGAAUACCAAUGAGAAAAAGGAGAAAAGAGGAGAAUUUUAAAUUAAAAAUGAAGACGCAAAGAUGAGACAUGUGUCAGUUUUUUUUUUGUUUUUGCUGGGCGCGUGUGGAAUUUUUGGCGCGAGAAAUUUGAAUUUAUAUUUUUUAAAUAGUGUAAAAUGCGAAUUCACAGCAUCCAGUCUUUGAAAAUUUCAAUUUCAAUUUUUUUUGAAACAGUGAAUUUUUAGAACACAAAUUUGUGCCACGUGGAAUUUCUGGCGACAGAGAAAUUAAUUUUUAAUGCAGGCCACACCUGACGAGACGUGUCCAAAAUGGACACUGUACAUUUUUUUCAAAAGUCACACUGCAUUUUUUUCGAAAAAAAACUUUGUUUCCUUUUCAUCAACAUUUAACUUGGGGAAAAUAAAUGCACAUUUAGUUCAGUGGUAGGCCAUUUUGCUAGUGUUCAGAAGGCCCAGGUUCGAAUCUUCAUUCGAGCUAACUUUUAUUUUUAUUUUUUCCAAACUUCAAAAACAACUUCAGCUUGCGAAUUUUUUGAAGUUUCUCGGUGAAAAUCAACUCAGCAGACUUUGUUUUAGUGUGGUAACAUAAUGUGCAGUGUGGAAUUUACGUGACUGCUUAGCAAACCAUAGUGUCACUGAAAUUUCAAAAAAAUUGACUUUCUAUGAAAAAACUUCAAACUCCACACUGCACAUGGGUAAAUUCAAAAACUACGCUUAAAAAUACACCAACUUUCUGAAUAUACCAACCCUUGAUAUGUGCUCGGAAAAAAAUGCCGUCCGAUUCAUUGUAAUGUCCAUAUUUACCAUUGAAAUGGACACUCCAAAAUAACAGCGAAAUAGAGCAUUUCCACACUGCACUCAUGGUGUUCCACACUGCCUAUGACCUUAGCAAUCUAUCGGAAAAAAAUCAACCAUAUCCGUUAAGCCUAAUCUUAGUUAUCCUAACUUCAAAUUUUGAAUAACGUUGCAACGCAUUCGUUUGAAAACAGUUUCCUUUCCACCAACAUUUUCCCCUCGGGAGAAAAAGAGAUGUGGCCGAGAGGAUAGCAUUUUAGACUGGCGAGCAUGAGACCAGGGUUCGAAUCCUCCUGCCCGCGGACUUUUUUUCGAAAAACUUGAAAAUUUCACGCUGCACAUUUUUUUGAAAAAAAUUUUCACACUGCACAAAAAAUUUGGGACACUCUCUCGUCAGGUGUGAUGCAGGCAUUCUAACCAUAGCAUUUUUCAGAAUUAUAUUCCAUAUAAUAGGAUUCUCUGAAACAGUGAUUUUUUUUUGGAAAAAAAGGGAAUUUUUGGCACAUAAAAUAGAGUAUUUCACAAUUUUCACAAUAGAAAUUUUCACUAAUCGGUUCUCAAAACAAAUCACAGACUUUUAUUGAUAUUUUGAAACAGUAAUUUUUUUGUUCUCUUUGGCUCAAAAAUCACCAAUUUCCCCUCAUGAAAAAUCAAAUGGCCACGUAAAAGUUCAAAAAUCCAUGUUACAUCUUCAUCCAUUUUAUCCUAUUUUCAAAAAUUGAUUCAAUUUUUGUCUCGCCACUCUCUCUAAUCUUCACACUCUCUCACUCCCCUCCUAAAUUCUCUCUAUUCGUUCCUUUUUCUUCUUCUUCUUUUCGGUUUGUAAUUAGCAUUUUUGCUUCAUCUUCAUCUUCUUCUUCUUAUUCUCUUGCUCAUCUUUUUCUUUUUCUUAUUGUGCUCUCUUCACACAAUUUUCUAUGAGCUCGCAAAAAAAUAUCAUUUUUUUUCAAAUAUGAUGAUUUCAAGAAAUGCGAGGGAAAAGCCUUCCUUCCUUCCUGUCUUGUGAUUUUUUUUUUGAGGUUUUUUCUGAAAUUUUUGAAAAUAGUUCGAAUGAGAAAUUGAACCUGGUACCUCUCGAUUCGUAGUUUGAUGUCUAACCGACUGAUCUAUUCCAUGUGAAAUUUUUCGGAAAAUUUCUCAGAAUCUGAAAUUUCAGAUGAAUCCACGUGGAAAAAUUUAAUUUUGAUUUUUUUGAAAUUUGAAGGCUCUCAAAAUCCACGGGACAUUUUUUCUCGAAAUUCUGUAAUCCAAAAAUUCCAAUUUUCUGAACUCUUUGUGAUUUUUGGACCGGAAAAAAAUUUGGCUAUUUUUUAAUCAAAAAAUAUUCCAACAAUUUUUGGUUGUGUCCGAAUUUUUGAUCUCAAAUUCAUAUUUCCUUCCAAAAUUCCCCUGAGCAAAUAUAUUUCACCACGAAAAAAAACGACAAAUUUUCAGACAUGUAUUAUGCCUUGAAGCACAAAAAGUGCAACAUUUCCUGAACUUUUCUCUUCAGAAUUUUUGUGCCGCCAAGAAGAAAAAAUGCACUUUUUGCUGCCUGUUGUUAAUGUAUCUUUUUCUUUUCGUUUUUUUUCUGGAAACAGAGAAAAAGUACAACCAAAAAACUAGGGACGAUAAACAAAAAGUGCGCGAUUAUUGGGGAGAGAGAAGAAAAAUAUUUUGUUUUUUUUUCUCUUGGAGCACAAGUUUUUGGGCUCCAGAAUUUUUGAGAAUCCAGAAUCCACGCGGAUUCACGAUUUUUUAAUUUCGACGUCAAUAAGCCACUUUUUUUUUGAAAAUUCUUAUGAAUUUCAGGAAAUUUUCAAGAUUUAGAAAUCCUAAAAAAUUUGGAUCUUAAAAUUUUUCUUUUGAAAUUCUGAAUUUCAGUCAGAAAUUGCUGAAUCCACGUGGCAGUUUCAAAUUUUUUAAUUUCAACAUUCGAAAAUUCAGAAAAAUCAGAGAAUCCACGUAUUUUUCAUAAUUUUUCAAAUUUUUGGCCCCAAAAACUUCCUCUCUUUCUCUGCCCUCUCUGCGUCUCUCUCUCUUUCGUGUUCUGCACUUUUUCCUCUCAAAAAAUUUCCCAAACGUGAACUUUUGGUUCUUGAAAAGUGUUUACGUACUAAAAGUUCAAAGCAAGUAUUUUUUCUCUCCAAAAAAAUUUAUUUACACGCACUUGAUCCACUUUUUCUAUUGAAUUGAAUUUUUUGCGACUCUGAAAUUUUUAAGCCCCGCCCCCAUUUUUUGGCUCAAAAUCUUGUGCUCUCUUAUCCUAAAGAACUAGAAUCGUAUAAUAAUUUUCUCCAUUUUUUGUGAUAUUUUUUUUUCUUUGCUAACUAAAACAAAAACAAAAACAAAUAAACAACAUUGAAAUAGUGAGAGAGUGCGCAGAGUAGUAGAGAAAAAUCAUUGGAUUUUUCUAGUUUUUCUCGUUUUUUUCUUGUUGUUAUGCUUUUUUGAAUGUUGUGUUAGGCUUAGGCUUGGAUUUAGGCUUAGAUGAUGAAGCUGAAAUUUGGAGAAGAUCUGAAAUUUUAAGAAUUUUUGAACGUGAGAUUGUGAAAAUUCCAUGUUUUUUUUGUUUUUCAAAAAUCUUUCAAAUUUUGAAAUUUUCCUUUUGGCGCGCCAAAAACCUAUAUUUCAUAACUCCCCGUUUUUCCUUAUUUUUUUUAUUUCCAAAAAUAACCAAAAAAAAAUCAGCUGAUAUCGAAAAAAAUAUCUAAUUUUGUUGUUUAUCAAAACAACUUUUUUAUAUAGUUCAACUUCUUUUUUUUUUGGAUUUUUUUUUUCGAAAAAAUUGCUGUUUCAAUUUAGCCCUAUAAUUAAAUUUGAGUUUUAUUGUUUCCUCGUGAUUUUCUCUGAGUCAGCAAUUUUUUGGCUUGAAUUUCCCAGUAAAAAAAAAUAAUUUUUUUGCAGAUGGGCGAACGGAUUCGUCUAUUCUCAACAGCUUCUUUCGUCUCACCGGCUGUUGUGGUUGUUCCAACUUCGUCUCAGACUUUGGCUAACUCAUCGCCUCAAAAUUCGGGCUCGAAGAACCAAAAUGCUCAGGAUUCAAUUGUGACGGUUGUUAAUUCACAAUCUAUACCAAAAUCACAUUCAUUGAGCAGUUUUGAUGGAGAUUCAGCGGGUGAGUUGGGGAUUUUUGGCGCGAAAAUUAAAAUUUUCUAAAAAAAAUGUUUUUUGCUCACAUCAGUUCACAUGGAUUAUUAGAAGCCAUAAUUUUCUUGAAAAUCCCAAAUUUCCGAAAUUCCAGAAAAAAUGAAUUUUUCAUUUUUCCGCCACAAAAAAUUGCUGUACUUUUUCCGGCCCAUUACUCGAAAUUAAAAAAAUGUUCACUUUUUUUAGUACCAAAAAAAUUGGUCAGAACGCGAAAACUAAUUAGUUAAAAAGGCUCUCCGCGCGUUCGCAUUUUUCAGUUUUCUCAAAUUUUUUUAUUUCGAAAAGUUUGAAAAAAAUCCACGUCACAACAUUUUUUCCCUCCAAAAUUAUUGAUGUUUUUUGCAGUCUACGUGUCAGCUCGUUGUCCAUCACAAACUCGAAAACCGUCUUCAAAAAAUCAACAACGAAUCGGUUCACUCUUAUCACUUCACAGUAAUAAUCAACAAAAUAUGGAAACGGAUUUGGAAAAAUGCGGGAAUUUGGAGAAGGAUGUGUCACAACUAGGAAUACUUUGUCAUCAUUGCUCGACGACUGAUUUGGCGUGUCCGAAAGCGUCGCAAAAAGUGGGUUUUCGGGGGGUAAAUAUUUCACUGUUUCAAAAAUUGAAAAUUUUGAACAUUCAACUUGUUCAUCUCCCUUCAACUCUAAAAUAUAAUUAAAAAAUUCACGUGGAAUAUUGAAAUUCUCCAAUUUUAGAGCCACAAUUCCAGUUCUUCACUAAAAAUUGUUAUUUUUUUCACUGUUUCAAAAAUUGUAUUCAAAAAUUUAGAACAAAUAUUUUUUGAUUGGAAUGCGUUUGUCAUAGUUUUAAACAAUUUUUGUAUAGCUAGUCCACAUGGCAAAACGUCAGCGCGAAAAAUCCUGAAAAAAUUUCACUGUUUCAAAAAUUUAGAAAAAACACUCUGUGCUCGAACUUCUGGUUUCGACAUAAUUUUGAACAAUUUUUGUAUAAGUAAUCCACGUGGCAAAAUUUGGCUUGAAGAAAUUCACUGUUUCAAACUUUGUAUUCAAAAAUUUAGAAAAAAAAAAUUUUGAUUGUCCUUUCUUAAAAUAGAACUUACCUUUCAUAUAAAAAUUACCCACUUGGCAAAAUUUUUGGAAAAAAAAAAAAAUUCUGAAAAAAUUUACUGUUUCAAAAAUUGUAUUGAAAAAUUUAGAAAAAACAAUUUUCUGAUCGAGUUUGGACAUAAUUUUAAACAAUUUUUGUAUAAGUAAUCCACGUGGCAAUAUUUUAGCGCGAAAAAAGCAACAAAAAAAAUCUGAAAAAUUUCACUGUUUCAAAAAUUGUAUUUGAAAAUUUAGAAAAAAUAUUUUCUGAUCGAGUUUGGACAUAAUUUUAAACAAUUUUUGUAUAAGUAAUCCACGUGGCGAAAUUUGGCGAAAAAAAUCCUGAUAAAUUUUCAUAUCACAUUUUCUCACUGUUUCAAAAAUGCAUUUCCGUUAUUCGUUGAAGAAAAUUCUUUCAUUGCGCAAAAAAAAUCUUCCGAAUUUCGGUGCCAAAACACAAUUCUUCCCAAAAAAAAAUUUGUCUUGUCUCCAAUUUUCACAUUAAAAAAAUGAAGUAUCAAGGUCAUCUCCAUCUGUGGACAAUAAAACAGGUGCAACUUUUUUUCUUGCACUUUGUUUUUUUUUCCCGCAGAUGUGUCAGAAGAAAUGGGUGGUACUUUUUUAUUUUAUUCCAUUUAUUCAUUGUGGGUGAUUUAAUUGUGUGUGGCCGAAAAAUCUAGUAUUUUUUCGAUUUUGAACUUUGAAAAUGGGACAUAUGGAAAUGGUAGGCUUUUAGUGGAUUUUUUCGCGCAAAAAUGUUUGUUUGGAAAUUUCUGAGGAAAGUUCCACAGUGACUUCAAGUUCCCAACUUCCAGGAACUCCCAUCACCUUCAGCCUCAUCGGUCUAUUCACUGGCCCGAUCUGAUCUAUCAAACGAGCCGCUCUGUCGAAUCUGUCACUGCUGUUGGCCCCCAGAUUCGAAUGAUCCACUGAUCUCGCCCUGUCGAUGUUCAGGAUCACUCCAAUAUGUUCAUGUUUCGUGCUUGAUGGUUAGUUAGGUUUAAGGGAGCCUUAGGGCCUUAAAAUAACCCUAAUUUUUCCAGCAUUGGUUAGACAUUUCUUCACGAAAACUUCAUCGACCUGCGAUUUGCGAACUUUGUCUUUAUAAAUACCGUAGGCGUCGGGUUUUAAAAGUGAGUUCCCGUAAAAUUUCCCCCUAACCUCAAAUUCUCUACAGUACCGUGAGAUGAAACUUCCACAAUGCGCCAACACCGACAUCAGAUACUACAGUAUUUUUGUGAUCGCAAUUCUAAUGAUGAUGUGCUCCGCAUUCGCCACAAUUGUCUGUUUUCAAUUGGAGAAGACUAUUAAAAAUGAAUAUGUGGAUCGAGCGAUGAAUGGACAGGCGGUGGUAUCGUUUGAGAGUUCGCAGGCGACGACAAUUGUCGCUGUGGUGUCGGAGAGCGAUGUGAAACCGUCGCCAGCGGCGGUUGCGGUGCCGCCGGUUCCUGGACCGCUGUCGACGAUUAGUGCGAAGAAGAAAGGUGGGUAUUUUUAUUUAGAUCACAAAAUUGUUAAGGUUAAAAUUUUUCCAGCUGAAACCACACCUCUCAACUCGAUUUCCACUGAUCACGAGACCACUGAAAGUCUUCUAUCCACCAUCACUCUCAUCGCCGCAAUGGUAUUUUUCUUGAGUUUUUUCCUGGCUAUGUAUGCUCACGUCAAAUCGGGUCUUUCAUUCUGCGGAUAUGUUUCAUUGUGUUGGAGCUCGAAUUUGGAAUGGUCCAUUGAAGAGUAUAAACAUUCAAGGGACACGCAGUAUUUGAACAAGUUGGAGGAACUUCGCAGGAAGAUUAAUGGUAAGUUGUUCACAUCCGGAUUCGAACCAUGGUUUCUAGAUUGCUAGGCAGCAGGGUUACCAUUUCCCCAUCUUACUUUUUUCCAGAGAAGCAGAAAAAAGCGGCGGAUGAAGUUGAACCGUUGCGAAGUUCGGUGAUUGUUUUGGAAUAA